AUGGUGGCAGCAGCAGGCCCGGCAGCCGGCACCCAUGGAAGAAUGCAGCGCGCAGCACCCUCCUGUGGACCAGCAGAUUCCACAGUUUUGCUGUUGAGAGCUGCAAGGCCCGCAGAUGCAACCGGCAAUCAACAACUCCACUAUUGGCCCUUUGCCACUAGUGACCUGUAUAAUUGGAAAACUCAGAAUGCCAAAUUUUCAGAUAACCCCAGAGAUUUAACCGAUCUCCUAGAAACUAUUUUGUUUACUCACCAGCCCACCUGGGACGAUUGCCAACAACUCCUUCAAAUCUUGUUCACCACUGAAGUACGUGAGAGGAUCCAGAUAAAGGCCCAGAAAACUGUUUUGGGGGAUAACGGGCAACCCACUACUAACAUAGAUGUGAUUAAUGCCACCUUCCCUUUGACUCGUCCUAACUGGGACUUCAACACGACUGAAGGUAAGGAGAGACUCCGGGUGUACCGUCAGACUCUAAUGGGAGGUCUCAGGGCAGCCGUAAGGAAGCCCACUAAUUUGGCUAAGGUAGGUGACAUACAGCAAGGGAGGGACGAAAGUUCUGCCACUUUUUUAGAAAGAUUAAUGGCAGCAUUUCGUCAAUAUACCCCCAUGGAUCGAGAAAUGCCUGAAACUAAGGCUGCACUAAUCAUGGCUUUUGUGAAUCAAGCAGCCUCAGAUAUUAGGAGGAAAUUACAAAAAACUGACAGACUAAAUGAAAAAAGUAUUCAGGAUUUAAUGUUAGUUGCAGAAAGGGUUUAUAAUCACAGGGAAAGUCCAGAGGACCGACAAGCCAAAGCACUAGCGGCAGCCAGUGACCGGAACACUCAGAACCUUGCAAAAAUCCUACUUGCCUCAACAGCUGGGAUGGACACCAGAGCACAGCAUUCAGUCUUACUCAAACCCGAAGGGAAACUACCUAACAAAACUUCCUGGGUUCUGGGUGCUACAGGAACAAAUCAAUAUUCAUGGACUAUCCGAAGAACAGUGGAUCUCGGUGUGGGUCGAGUAUCCCACUCGUUCAUGGUAAUUCCAGAAUGCCCCUAUCCACUCCUUGGGAGAGAUAUAUUAACCAAAAUAGGAGCACAAAUCCACUUUCAAAAAGGAGGGGCAACCGUUAUGGACAGUAGGAGCCAACCUAUUCAAGUGUUGACUGUAAACCUAGAAGAUGAGAAUAGACUCCACCAACAACCCCCUCCUCCCCCAUUUGAAGAGAUAAAACAGUGGUUAUCAGCUUUUCCCAAGGCGUGGGCUGAAACUGGAGGUGUUGGGUUAGUUAAACAUAAGCCACCAGUUUAUGUGGAAAUUAAACCUGGAGUGGACCCAGUCAGAGUCCGUCAGUACCCUAUGUCACGGGAAGCCUGAGAAGGCAUAACUGCCCACAUCUGGUGUCUGUUAAAACUAGGGAUACUCUGACCCUGCCGGUCUGCUUGGAACAUUCCUCUGCUCCCUGUUUGGAAACCUCAUUCCAAUGAUUAUAGACUGGUGCAAGACCUCUGAGAGGUCAAUAAAUGGGUCAUGGACAUUCAUCCUACUGUUCCUAACCCAUACACCCUCCUAAGUUCUUUACCCCUGAAUCGCCAGUGGUACUCAGUCUUAGACCUUAAAGACGCCUUUUUCAGCCUACCACUGGUCCCAAAGAGCCAGGACCUGUUUGCAUUCGAAUGGACUAACCCGACAGAGGGCAUCAGUGGGCAACUAACCUGGACACGGCUCCCCUAGGGGUUCAAGAGCUCGCCUACAAUCUUCAACGAGGCACUACAUGAAGACCUGGGUAAGUUCCGAUUCGACCACCCUGGUCUCACGUUGUUACAAUAUGUAGAUGAUCUCCUAAUUGCUGCAGCAGACUACGAGACCUGUCUCCAAGAAACCAGAGACUUACUCCAGACAUUAGGAGACAUGGGUUACAGAGCCUCAGCUAAAAAGGCUCAGCUUUGCCAACCUGAGGUGAGCUAUUUGGAGUAUAUGUUAAAAGAGGGACAAAGAUGGCUGACUAGGGCCUGUAAAGAGACUGUACUAAAAAUCCCUAGACCCAACACCCCACUCAGGGUGCGGGAGUUCCUAGGAUCAUCCGGUUAUUGUAGACUCUGGAUAUCAGGUUUUGCAGAAUUAGCAAAACCUCUCUAUGGAGCGACCAAAGAGGGGCAGAAGUUUCAGUGGACAGAGGCCAUGGAAAGAUCCUUUAAUUCACUUAAAAACGCCCUUUUGUCCGCUCCUGCCCUUGGACUGCCUGAUGUGACAAAACCCUUCCAUCUAUACAUCGAUGAAAAUAAGGGGAUAGCAAAGGGAGUUGUAAUCCAACACCUAGGCCCCUGGAAAAGACCAGUAGCCUAUCUCUCAAAGAAAUUAGACCCAGUGGUGGUGGGGUGGUCCCUGUUCCUACACAUAAUAGCGGCAACGGCAUUACUAGUCAAAGAUGUGGGCAAACAUAUACUGGGACAAGAACUGUAUGUUACUACCCCGCAUGCCAUAGAGGAACUCUUAAACAACCUCCUGAUCGAUGGCUUAUCACCUACAGCACUGAACCCUGCCACCCUGUUACUGGAUCCGGACUUGGGAGCUCCACUGCAUGAUUGCAUCGAUAUUCUGGCUCAAGUACAUGGAACCCGAGCUGACCUACAAGACACACCCUUGCCGGAUGCCGAGGUCACCUGGUAUAUGGAUGGGAGCAGCUUUGUACGUGAUAGACAAAGGUAUGCAGGGGCGGCAGUGGUGACAGAAACCACAAUAGUUUGGGCUGAGCCAUUACCAGCCAGAACAUCAGCCCAACGAGCCGAACUAAUAGCAUUGACCAAAGCCCUAACUUUAGGAAAAGACAGAAAAUUGAAUGUAUAUACAGACAGUCGUUACGCUUUUGCCACGGCACAUAUUCAUGGGGCAAUUUAUCGGGAAAUGGUGCUAUUGACCGCAGAAGGGAAGACAAUUAAAAAUAAAAACGAAAUCCUAAAUCUACUAGCUGCCCUAUGGCUCCCCAAGAAACUUGCCAUCAUUCAUUGUCCGGGACACCAGAAGACCACUUCCUCUGUUGCCCGAGGCAAUAACUUAGCAGACCAAAUUGCCUGA